UGGAGUCAUGCAUUCUUCAUGCAAACAGCAGCAGUUCCCCAAAUUUCAUCAUCAUCAUGGAAAGAUGGAUGAGGUUGAGAAGCAGCUACAAUAUAACUCUCACGGUGCCACUCAUCAUCAUCCUCCACAUGAUUACUCAUACCACCCAACAAUUUACGUUCAUGUACAUUUGCAACAAGGAGAAGUUCGACGACGGCGACCUCCGGCUGCCGUGCGCCUACAGUCUCCUAGAAAUUCUGUCUCGUUAUAGAAUCGAGGGUGGGAUGCCCGGAAAACAGGAAUGCGCCGGCCCGGACUCGGGUGUCUACGGUUACGUGUGGGUGGAUGUGACAAGAAGAGAAGCGGAUAUUGCUGAUUGUGUCUCCCUAGCUGAGGCUGUUCUCAAGGACCAUUGCCCUAACCGCAAAGGAGCCCAAGUAAACGAAACCACAGGGAUUUGUCGAAUGAGGUAUGAGCUCUAUUCCUUCACCAUCGCCGGAACUACUACUUGAAGGAGCUCGCCGGCCGGUCGGCCGGAAGAAGAAUCAUCCUAACACUACCAAAGACUUAAUCACCUAAACCAACUUUCAAGAUAUUAGUGCAAGUUCCCCUCUCACAUCUUCCCCAAGAUUUCAAUUAUUUCGGGCAGCUGAUUUUUUUUUUUUUUUGUUAGGUUUUCUUAUCAAGUGGUUUUGGAACUUUUAAGAUUGUUAAUGCAACAAUAUGAUAUGUAAACUUUGGAUACUAAAUGGUUGUAUCAUUUGAACAUUCUAAUUGCGUGAGAGCGGCGGCCAACUAAGUAGUUGGAAGAUAUAUAAGAUUCCUUUCAUAUAUUAACACAAUUCGCCAACUCUUUAGCCCCUACUUAACAAAUUUCAUUUGAUCUA